UUUUAGCCCGAGCCCUAAAAAAAUCAGUAAACGAAAAAGAAAGCAGUGUUUAUUGUUUAAUGCUCUGACAGUGCGACUGAUUUACAAGCUAUUAUUGACGAAAUACAUAAAGAAGUUUUUAACUUCAUGAUUUAUUUUAUUUUUUGUUAAAAUUUUACUUUUCAAGUUCAAAGGUUAAAAAAUGGGACGUCAUAGUGUUGCGGCCUACUUUAUUAUCUAUAAUGAACUUAAAUAGAAGCCUAUGGAGAACAUCGUCACAAUAAAUAUGCAAUUAGGGCUGUUAUUGUGAAUAGUUUAGUGUUUUGCCUGCCUCCUGGAAUAAAGGAAUGAUUAUCGCAGACGUGGUUGCUAUAGUCACGGGAGGAGCCCGGGGGUUGGGCAAGGCGUUCUCUACAGAGCUCUUGAAACAAGGGGCGCGGGUGUGCCUGGUGGAUAUAAACGAGGCGGAGGGGCGGACGACGGAAUCCACAUUGCAACAGCAGUUUGGCAGGGAUAAGACGUUCUUCAUGAAAUGUGACGUCACAUCCGAAGCUGAAAUUAAGGAUGUGUGGAAAAGAGCGGUGGACAAAUUUCAGCGGGUCAAUUUGAUGGUAAACAAUGCAGGAAUUAUGAACGAAAACUUGUUUGCCAAGACAAUGGAAAUCAACGCAAUUGCUCCGAUGCGAGGGACACUAUUGGCCUUCGACAACAUGCGGAAAGACAGAGGCGGCCAUGGAGGGUUGAUCAUAAACGUCGCUUCUACCGCGGGCUUGUUUCCCGUAUUCUUCAUGCCGACAUAUACCGCUUCCAAAUAUGCGAUCGUCGGCUUUACACGAAGUUGGGCUAUGAACCCCCGACAGUCUGAGUACGGGGUCAGUUUCGCCGUGCUGUGUCCCGCUUUCACUGACACGGCCAUGAUGUCCUCCGCCUUCGACACGGAAUCCCCGUCAACAGUGACGGAGAACAAAGAGCUCGUCCGUUCGCUUAUAGACAAAGUGGGAAUAAACACGUAUGGGGUCGAGUCAACAUUGAUUGACGAUGUUGCCAGAGCGUUUGUAGAGCUAGUGGAGAAAGAAGACAACAAUGGUGCCGUCGUCACGGUGGAUUCAAAACUGGGCACUGUGUACCGCUUUACACAACACCCUUACAAACUGUAG